AUGUCAGAUCUGGAGAACGGGAUAGUGACGAUCAUCAAGAUUUUCCACAAGUAUUCGGGACAUAAGUGUAAACUGCGGAAGGCCGAGCUUAAGGAGCUGAUCAACAACGAGAUGAACCACUUCAUACAGAAAAUCAACGAGAACGACACGCUGGACCAGCUGUUCACGGACCUGGACCAGAACGGAGACUUGGAGAUCGACUUCCAGGAGUUCAUCACGCUGAUCGCGAUGGUCACGUCCGCUUGUCACGAGCUCUUUGUGCCCAAACCCGAACACUGA